UGCUGGCUCUUCCCUUUCCAGGAAACAGCCUGAAUCAGCUCCAGGGAGGGGAACAGCCAGUUGUUGCUGGAGGCAGGUAGAGCCUGAGCUCAGGAAAUUGAAACUGAUCCUCUUCCCCAGCCCAGAGUUAGCCAUGGCCGCAGCGAGCACAGUGGAAAGUCUCAGAAAGGAAGUAACUUGUCCUGUCUGCCUGGAGUAUUUCACGGACCCGGUGAUCACAGCCUGUGGGCACAAUUUCUGCCGUGCCUGCCUCAGCUGGUGCAGAGAGGGACCCAGCCCAGCUAACCGCUGUCCACAGUGCAGGGCCCCUGUGCAGCAGGGACCCCUUGGGCCCAACAGGCAGCUGGCGAACGUGGUGGAACUCGUCAAACAGCUCAGUUUGCAGAAACAGACAGAAACCGAGAGGCAGAAGAUUGUGGCCGAGUUUCAGCAGCUGCAGCAGUUCCUGGGGGAACAAGAGCGACUCCUGCUGGCCCGGCUGGAUGAGGAGACAGGAAGGCUCCAGACUGACACUGAACUGGAAGAACAAGUCAGGGGUUUCUCCCAGAAAACCACUACAUGCUGCCCUCUGCACUGUAGGGAUCAAGAGGAAAGUCCCUGGGAGCUUUCAGACAGGUGACGGUGACUCUGGAUCCAGACACGGCUCAUCCCGACCUCGGCUUGUCUGGGGAUGGGAAACGUGUGAGAUGGGAAUACACACGGCGGCGACUGCCUGAAAACCCAGAGAGAUUUGACUCUGAUCCCUGUGUGCUGGG